AUGCGUCGUCAGAAUGAAAAUACCAAUAAUAAAUAUUAUUCUUAUAUACCUCCGACAAAUUCAACAUCAUCUCGAAAUCCUUCUUCAAAUAGUACAAAUAGAAAUGCACAUUAUCAGUAUUAUGAUCCUCGUCUACGUACACGACAACAAGCACAACAAUCUUUAUACGAAUAUCAAUAUAGUAGCACGAGUCCUAAUCGAAAAAGUCCAGGUUCUAUUUAUGGUUCACCACGUCGUCAACCAUCCUAUCAACCACCAUCGUUUCUUCAAGAAUUACCUUCAUCAUCAGCAGAUUCGAUUUCGGAUUUAGGUGAACCGAUAUCCGUUUUUGAUGAUAUUCAACCAUUAGAAUAUCGACGAGGGAUUGUUGCGCCUGCUUUAUCAUCAACUUAUAUGCCACCAGAUCCAAGCCAACGUGUAUCACUAAAUGAUAAUCGUAUCGCAACAGCACAAGCUCUACGAGAACAAUUAUUAAAUGAUAUUCAACAUUCGAUUGUUGAUAUUGAUAGAGAACUGACUUCACUGGAUAAGCGAACACCGGUGCCACGAUAUUUGCCACCUCGUUUCUCACCUAUAGUAGAAUUCGAUGCUCAUGAUGUUAAUCCUUUUCGACAAAUAAAAAAAACUAAUAAACCAGUUAGUGUUCCAGUGAAAAAAACUGUUCCAAUUGUAACUUCACCUAUGAGUAAAACGAUUCAACAAACAUCAGCACAUUCAUCAAUAGCAAAAGAAAACAGCAGUGCCAAUAGUCAAACAUGGCCAAAUAAACCGAAACGUAUUUAUCAAGUAAUACCUAGUUUAACAAGUGAUUCAAGAAAAACAUCAAGACAAUCAUCUGUUGGUGCACAACAUGAACAUAUUAAAAUAAGUGAAAUUUAUUCAAAUCAAUCAACACCAAAACUUGUUGAUAAAAGUAUUUCAUCGUCAAAACUUCAAUUGCGUGGUCAAUAUCAUUAUGGACCAGAAGUUGAAGAAACAGAAAUACUUCCCAAUGAUCCAGAAAAUACUGAUCAUAAAUCGACAUUGGACGAAAUGGAAGGAACAAAUCAAUAUGAACCAUUGAAUACAGAUGAAUUUCUUCGUGAGCUAUCUCCUCCACCUCAAAGUCGUGCGAUGAUAAAUGUUCCUGAAUUCAGUGGUAAUAAUCAACUGGAAUCUCGUGAAUCUGCUGAGGAUUUCAUUCACAAGAAUCAAAUCGAUAGCAAUAAUGCUCGAGUAUUAACAGCAAAUUCUCUACACGAUUUAACACCAACGAAAGAUUUAAUGAUUCCAGACACUGAAUUACUUAUUCAAACCGCACCAGAAGAUCAUGCUGAAUCUGAACUUAAAUCUGAACAUGUAUUCACUCCACGUGAAUCACCUAAAGAUAAUGAAAUUCAUUUUGAAAAUGAAAAUGAAAAUGAAAAUGACAAUAAAAAGGAAAAGGAAAAUGAAAAUGAAAAUAAUCCAACUCUUUCAAAACCAAAUCAAAAUUCACGUCCAUCAACAAAAGCGUCAAGAACAACUCCCAUUGCUGCUAAUGAUAAUCUAAUUGAAAAACCAACUUUACUACAAGUACCGACGAUUGAUUCUACUGUUGAUAUUACUUCUCCUCCUCCUCGUUCUUAUCCUCCUCCUUCUUCUCCUCCUCCAGCUGUUGCGGCAGAUAACAAUGUUGGCGGUGUAGCUGCUUAUUUCUUUAGUGAUUAUGGUAAUGAUGAUGAAGGUGAAGAAGAUCUGAUGCCAAUUGAUCAAAGUAAUUUUAUUGUUCCAACUGGUGCGGAUGUCAUUUCUGAAGAUACAAUCAGUAAUAGCAUAUUGGGACAUUCCCAAGCAUCACUUUCAAUUUUACAUUCGGCACACGUGCCACAACAAAAGCAACAAGAACAACAACAACAACAACAUGCACGACAACUUACCUCGGCUAUGUCGUUGACUUCAAAAAAUAACAAUGAGCAUAGAAAAGUAGAAAAAAAUGAAGAAAUAGAACGCGAAGAAACGGAUGCAACGAAGAAAGGUAUAACAAAUGCUGUUUCAGGGUUACCGCCGUCGUCUCCGUCGUCAAAAAACAUCUUGCCAACGUCCGCGAUCGACAACAUGCAAACGCAAUUUAAUAGAAACAACAGUAGAAGUAACGACGAUCAUCAUCAUCAUCGCCAAUCGUCAACUACGAUUUCAAACUCAGAUGCUAUUUACUCAAAUAUAGAAGAACAAGAAAAACGUUUAAAUAUUUCGCGAAUACGUCGUCGUUCAUCGGUAUCAGUAAAAUCUCAAAUGCAAUCUCGUAUUCAAUCGGCAACAUCACAAAAAAAUGAAAAACCAUUGAAAAACAAGCUUGAAGAAGCGCCGAGUUUAUCAACACGAAGUAAUACACCAUUUAAAAAUAUCGAUAAUGAAAAUAUUGAAGCAUCAGAAAGAAUUGAUUCUGCUAAUCAAAGAUUGAAAUCAUCGUCUAAAACAUUAUCUCGUAGUGCAUCAAUGAAUUCGAAUCCUAGAAAACAUGACGAGGCAAUAACACCUAUUGAUUCUGCAACAAAAAGUGCACUAAGUCAUACCGAUAGAGAAAGUUCCGUUGGUUCAAGAGCAAGUUCUCGUCCAUCAUCAAUUGCACCUAGUGAACAAUCUCGUUUAAGUGAACGAAGGUCUGGUUCAUUAUAUCGUUCUGUUACUAAUGAUGAACUAGGUCAAUUACUUAGUUCAAAUGAUCUUAACCCAUAUAGAAAUCCAACAAAUAACAAUGAACCAAAUAUAUUUUCAGCUCAAAGUGAACAUUUUCUUCAUCAUGAACAACAUACAACCUAUGAUAUGAAUCAACGAAUGCCAAGUAACUAUUCAGAAAGUCAUCCCGGUGAAUCCCGUCAAAGUUUAACAGGCUCAGCACUUCCUGUUGCUCUUAAUUCGCCUGAACAUGACGAUAAUCCACCAAAAACAUCAAGAACAGCAACACCGAAAAAUCAAAGUUCUGUUUGUUCGAUGGAAAUGCCAUCGCAUCCAAAUGUAAUUCUUACAACAACCGAUGAUCCAGAUCCGAAUGAUUCAUCCAUUAUAAAUAGUACAAUACAUUUUCAAAUGUUAUCAUCUCAACCACCCAACAUUGAUAGACCUUUUGAUGAACGUAAUGAACCCAGUCCAUUAGCAAAUAUUGUACCAGUACAAACAUUUCCAUCGCGUAUUCCAUCUGUUGAACUACCUAGUGAAUUAUUGACCCCAGAAGAACAGUUAAAUAAGUCUUCAUCUAAUCUACAGCGUAGUCCUACACCGAAAGUUGAACUUCAACCAAAUAGUACAUUAUCACCAGGAGCACCAGAAAAUGAUCCUCUUCUACGUGCUUCAACACUUCAUCGAACACUUUCGUCACCUAAAAUUGAACGUGAAGAAACAUUAUCACAUCAAACUCCUAUACUUUCUCAUCCAGCACGUCUUGAAGAUUCAAUGCGUCCAACGCCAUCGCCAUUGCUAUCAGCAAACGAACAUCAACAAAACCAAAAUGAAAAUGAAAAUGAAAAUGUUGACAAUACUCAUCUAUCGUCAGUAUCAACACCAAUAAAUGAAAAUCAUCAUGCACAACAAUAUUCACCAGAUAAAUUAGAAAAUAAUAAUGUUCAUUCACAACUGAGUUCUCCCCGUCGAAGUGUAUUAUCCGAUACUAAUCAUACAUCUGUUGAAGGCGAUGAUACGUAUCGGCAACAAUUGGAUACUCCGCCAAUGUCUCCUAAGAAUUUAAGAGUUAUAUCUCAUAAUCAUGAUAGCUAUAUGAAUAAUCAUCAACUUGAAAUUCAAAAGCCAGCAUCGCCAAUAUCGUCACCUGUUCAUCAAAUAUUCAUCAGUGAAAAUAAACGUUAUCCAUCAUCGGAACGAUCAAUAUCUCCGAUUCAAGUUAGAUAUCAACAGCAUGGUGAUGAUCAUUUACAUCGAAACGAUAUUCAACUUAGUUCAGCUUCAAUUCGACUUACAAAAAAUCCUACACCACAUUCAUCAGCAUCAAAUACAAGACCAACAUCAACUGACGAUGAUUAUCCUGCAAUGACACCGAGUCAACAACAUUCAAAAUUAUCACUUCGAUUACGAAAACAGAAAUCAAAGCGAAAAAAAUCGCUGGCUGACCAGCAACCAGCACCACCACAAAUCGAUACAUCUGAUAUAAGUCCAAUGAAUAACGAGGAAAAUCUCGACGAAAACAAACCAAAACAACGACAACGUCGACGAGUCUCAUUUUCCAGUAGCAUUGCACAUUUUCAUGUGGAAGAACGACAACUUUUAACAAAUUGGCGUGAACGCGUUGCUGCUAUUUUAGCAAGCAAACAUCGUCAAAACGAAAAAUAUUCUCAUAUACAAUCACGUGUAAAUUCAUUUGCUAAUUUUGAAUAUCAACCAAAAAAGAUUAAUGUAGUGCCGGUGAAAAAAUCACGUCCAAAAGUUGUUGAACCAACAACUGUUAAAGAAAGCAAAUUUAUAAAACGGAAAAAAUUUAAAGUAAAAAAACCGAAGCCUCACCCAGUAACAUCACCUGAAGAUCAAACCGACGAUGACCAACAACCAGUUCAACAAUUAAAAGAGCCGGCACCUCAGCUAUUCGGACGACUUUGGUGCCUACCCGAUGGAAGUCCGACAGUUUUUCAUGAAUCUCUGGAAUGGAAUGUUGCAUCGAAAUUACGAAGUUAUUCAUAUGAAAAUCUUAACUAUGAACCACAUCGCAGUGAAUUUAAAAUUUUUAAUAAAAAACCCAAAUGGCAAAGUGAAUCAAAAUUAGCUGAUCUUAUAAAAGAGCCACCACGUUUUCUUCAUCGACAAACGCUUGCUCCGAAUAAUAUGUUACCGAUGCUACCGGACAGAGGGAAACCAUAUUCUUAUCAACAACGAUCCAAUCUAGAAGAUGGAAUGGAAAGAAAAAUUUUUGAUAUACAAACUAAUAUUCAACAAUCAGGAACAAGAUUUCCAAGUCAUUUUCCUGAGAAUAUGUCAUAUAGAUCGCAUGGUUCAAGACUUUCAGAUGUACCCAUUUUCAAUGAAAAACUUGCAUGGUUAAAGCAAUCAAAACUAAAAGAUACAACAUGGAAAAAUAUAAAUUAUCAACCAAAAAAAUCUAAAGUUCAAAUUUUCAACAAAAUAGUUCGUUGGAAUGGCGAAUCAAAGGUUCGCACACGUUCACCAUCGACAGUUUAUCCAGCAGGAGGACCCAUGAGUAAUGUUCAAAUAUUUGAUGAAAAAUUAAAUUGGGAUGCUCAAGCAAAAGUACAUUGUUGGUCGGAAAUCGAUCUUCGUCAAUUAACAAAAAAGAAAGCAAUUUUUGCUCAAUAUCAUGAUCCAAAAUGGAAUGACAUUGUAACACCUCGUGUCGAUGCAAAUAAUUAUAAUUAUUCAAAAUUUUCAAAUCAUGUUGAAAUUUUCUCCGAUCGACCAGCAUGGACACGAAAUUCAGAAUUAAAAGAUUACGUUUGGGAAAACUUUGAUUAUAAAUCACAUCGGCGAACCGAACAGUCAAGCAAUCAACGACGUGCUCAAGAAUCUGAUCAGGAAAACGAGAAAAUGGCGUUUGAUCUACGUAUUUCGAAUGAGUUCGGAAGUCAGUUUCGUCGUUUGAACAGUCCGCCAAAUAAACCGAAAUGGAAUGCAGUAAGCAAAACACGCAGUCUCAAUUCAGUUUACAAUCCAAAGAUGGGAAAUUCGACUAUGAUUCGACGAAGUUGGGAUCAAGAUCUUCGUCGAAAAAGAAUUCAUAGAUUACCACCAUUAAAAAGAAAAAGAAAACAUGAUGAAAUGCCACAAUUAGCCAUGGAUGGUCUACCAUCAACAAUGCCACCGAAUACACAUUUAUCUAUUGAUUAUAAUUAUGAGCAUGGCUCAGUGACGCAAGGACGAGCGACUAGCAAUGGUUAUGGAACAAUGUCUUCGAGAAGAUCAAGUAAAGCACUUGUUCCAAUAAAUCACCAUCGAAAUUUUCCAGAUCUUGAAUUACCAGCUGAAACUCCGCGAUCACAACGACCAGUUCAACAAGAAUGGUACGAUGAAAUGAAUAAAUCUCGUUUAACUCAUCGAACGGAUAUGGGACGUAUAACAAAUCAUUCGUUUCGAAACUCUAUUGAUUCUCUUCACCAAGCAAAUACACCCAGAGAAUUAGCAACAUUCCGUUCGUCUACACGAAAUAGUCAAAAUAGUGUUAUAAGUGGUACAUUACUUGAUUCAAGUAUUCGAACGAAUCGAGCUACGGAUUUCCGAUUGGCAAAAGACAUGGAAGAACAUCAUCAUCAUUCUCAUACGCCAAGUCAAUCCAUGCCUAUUGAAAUACGUGGUUUUCAGCUUGAGGGCACACAAUUAUCUGUAGAUAAUGCAACAAUUCGUCCAUUAUCAAAUGUUAGUUAUGGUACAAGUGAACGAGUUAAAAGCCGUCGUGUUUAUCCAUGGAGUAGUUUGCAUCCGCAUGGAACAUCAAGUCGAAAUAGUUCAUUGGUACCUAUUGCAGAAUUUCGCCGUCCAUCCCUUGACACAACAAUAACUGAAGCUCAACAAUUAAUUCACGAAGAAUGA